AUGGAUUUUGUGCGAGUCUCACUCGACAUUCCUACUCUCGCGUGUCACUGUUGGACCGAUUCUGCAGUAGCGUUAGCCUGGUUGAGUCGCGAUCCGUCAAACUGGAAAACUUUUGUGGCUCACAGAGUUGCGUUCAUCCGUUCGAGGUUUCCGCCCUCUCAGUGGUGUCAUGUUCCGACAGCCGACAAUCCCGCCAACUGUGCGUCAAGAGGAUUGCUGGGUGCGGAGCUCGCGUCACAUCCCCUCUGGUGGCGGGGACCGUCCUGGCUGAGGCUCGAGGAGGGUGACUGGCCAGUCAGAGCUUUCGGCAGUCAACUCAAUCCGUCGCCUCGCGAAACUCGGGCGGAGGCACGCACUACCGUCGGGCAGGCGGUGGUGGACGAGGGUUGGGACCUAGCGUCCAGAUUUUCGACAUGUCCCAGGCUCGUUCGAGUCACGGCUUAUGUCAUGCGUUUCGUGGACUGCUGUCGUUGUGGCCGGGACGCGAAUGUCGCCGAUAGCUCCCCGUCGAGCGAUCUCACCACGGACGAGUGUCAGCGCUCCAAGCUUUUCUGGCUGAGAUCCAUUCAGACGGAGUCGUUCCCUCGCGAGCUGGCGUCGCUGCAUAAGGGCCAACCUCUUCACUCCAGAAGUCCUACUCUGCCACUCAAUCCAUACCUCGAUAACGACGGCGUUCUGCGCGUCGGCGGGCGGUUGGAGGAUGCGUCUCUUCCAAUACGUUCGCGUCAUCCAAUCCUUCUAAAAAGUCAUCCGCUUGUAUCUUUAAUAGUUAAACAUGCACAUAUCAGAACUCUUCAUGCCGGAGUUAAGCUCACUCUCUCCACAGUGCGGAGAGAGUAUUGGAUCCUUCGUGCUCGCUCACUUGUCAAAUCAGUCAUUCAUAGCUGUGUUCCUUGUGUGCGAGAACAAGCUGCGGUGCCGACUCAACUAAUGGGUCAGUUGCCGCAGUCUCGUGUAACUGCUUCCAAUCGACCUUUCCUUCACUGCGGCGUGGAUUAUGCCGGACCGAUCGCCGUCAGAUCGUCGGGGGGAAGGGGGUACAAGACUCACAAAUCGUACAUUGCCGUCUUUGUGUGCCUAGCCACUCGCGCUAUCCAUCUGGAAUUAGUGGGAGGAUAUUCCACUCCAGCCUUUCUGGACGCGUAUACUCGCUUUACUGCGCGACGGGGAUUACCGGGGAUGAUGUAUUCGGAUAACGGCACGACCUUUACGGGUGCCGACCGGGAAUUGACACGGGCCUAUCAAGAUGCCCUGAGAGACCCGGCCUUUCAGAAUAGCACCGCUUUCGACCGCGUCGCCUGGAAGUUCAUGCCCCCUCAUGCUCCUCACUUCGGAGGGCUGUGGGAGGCGGGCGUACGUAGCCUCAAGCAUCACUUGCGCCGCGUGGUGGGUACGCAUACUCUCACUUUCGAGGAGCUGACGACGCUUCUCUGUAAAAUUGAAUCUUGUUUGAAUUCGCGACCGCUCGGUCCUCUCUCGGAUUCGGUAGACGAUUACGAUGCUCUCACACCCGGUCACUUCCUGGUCGGUUCAGCCCUCAACAUGUCUCCCGAACCAUCCGUUCUUAAUCUGAACGAAAACCGACUCUCGAGGUGGCAACGAGUUAGACAACUUGCCGAAAAGUUUUGGAAGCAUUGGCAGCACGAUUAUGUGAACACGCUGCAACAGCGUAGUAAAUGGCGGCAAGCCCAACCUUCCGUCCGAAUCGGAACGAUGGUACUACUGCGCGAUUCUACUUUGCCGCCUUGCAGGUGGGCUCUUGGUCGAGUGGUGGCUUGCAACCCGGGCCUCGACGGACUCGUCCGCGUAGUUUCCGUUCGGACCGCUCGGUCCGAGUGCAAGCGGCCGCUCACGAAAUUGUGCCUUCUGCCAGUCCAAACUGAACUGCAACCGACCAAAUCGGAUGCGCCGGAUGCGUCAACCUUGUCACACACCUGGUUAACCCUUAUUGACCCAAUUUGUCCGUUUUUGUCCGUCAAUUUUAAACACGGACAACUUUGUUAUUUAUGCUUAAAAAAAUCUGAAAAGGACCCCGCACCAAUCUUAUGGAAAUUGGUUCCCGGUCAAAUUCCGUAA